AUGUCCGGCCCUCCAACCCCCGUACUUGACUGUCCGCUUGUGUAUCUGGAGAUACGGGAUGACAUAUCUGCCAGGGCUUACAAUUCCCAGUCUCAUGGCAUUUUCACUUUGACAAUUGAAGGCCAGAGACCAGUUGAUGCAGAAACAGGGGCACUGAUUGUUCUCAUUCGAAAAGAGACACAACAAGUGGUUUCCUUUCGACUUACUGAAACUGCAGAAGUCUCGCGAUCCCCUGGUGACAUGGUAAGCGUCAACAAACAAGCCAACCGAUUGUGUAUCUGCGUUCCUGGCAGAUCUCAAGCAAUUCUUGUGCAAUUCGAGAAGACAAGGGACUUCAGUGUCACUGUUUGCUUGCUGCAGAAGGCCGGCUUCCAUGUCAGCGAUGCGUUACCGACGUCUCUCAUGAAUCAACCAACGUAUGGUACCACACCGGACUAUGGUCCACUACUGUCACCCAUCACGCCUCCAUCUCUCUUACCGCUGAAUACCUCGAGAGGGCCAGAGACUCAACAUGACAUACCGUUCGCUACAAUGCUAGCUGCCCCUUUCCAACCUUCUCAACCAUCGACUAUUUCAAACCCGUGGGCCUCAUAUAUGCAGAGAUAUGUGUCGGUUCCAAUCCAACCGUAUCCUGCCACUAACCAGUUAGUGAAUACACCACCAGUUGCGGCACAGUUAAACCCAUACAACAUGUUCCUUGACGGUGGAAACACAUACUCGUACGUAGCUCGCACGUUCUCACCUGUUGGGCAUUCCUUCGUUCCCAAUCCACCCUUGACUCACUGGCAUGGCAAUGAUAUUGGGACAAUUCCGGAUCUAAACACACCAGAUCUAGGCUUCAGCUUGCAUGAACCUGUUGUGCAUCCGAACCUGGGGCCGAACAACCUCGUAAGCUCCCAGAACAACCACGUUGGAAGUUACGUGGCCAAUGGAGUGAUACAUAAUAAAACGACCGAUGAGCCAGUACACCUUGAAUCACCUCAAAACGAUCCACAAGAAUACCGGAAUCUGAUGCCUCAACCAAGAACGCUACCUUUCGAGUCUAGUAAGGGUAAUAGAGCAGCAGAUGGAGGAUCCAAGCCACAAGAGACCAAGCAAUUAGGAGCUGCCAAAGCUCGCAAGCCAAGAAAAACAGGCACGGUAACUCAAUCUAUUACAGAUACAACGGCCAAGGGCUCGAAGAAAGUUCAGGCUACAAAAAUUGCUCGCAAGAAAGCAAACGUUAAGCAACGUCAAUCAAGUGAGAGAGACGUAUCACCGGGAAAGACUACUGUCAAGUCGGUUUCAAACCACAAACGGGCAAACAACGCUUCAGCCCCUGCUUCCGAGCUUACAAUUCCCUUCAAGAAGUCUAGCAAAAAUACAUACGAAGACGCUGAAUGUCAAACAGAUAUGCAACCAGAACCAAAUAGCGCGGGCAACCCUUUGGGAACUGAGACCCUCGUAAAACAAUCUUCAACGCCUGACAGUUCGCCGUUAGUUAUUGUCACUGAUCCGGAUACAUUGAAAGAUUUACAUGAGGCAACUACAACGCUCUUCGGAGAGUAUGAAAAAGGGAUUGAGCAUUGCGGGAACCAGGCGCGGCACGCCGAAUUAUACUUGCAUCGGAUCUGGGAGAAGAGGAGGGACUUCUGGCUAAGAAGACUUCGGGACAACACAGAUGUACAGUGGCACGGCCCGACAGACGAACUCAUUCCUUCACUGGAUGGUGCUGCUUAA